AACAAGCUUAACAAAGAGUGAUCAAUAUUCACAGCUGCUGAAUAGGCUGAACAAGGGAAUCUGAUCAAAUCACCUUUUAGUCUGCAAGUCACUUUCGUCCGUCGAUUAGCUCAGAGAACAAAGAUUUUGCUUGAGAACCAGAGCAAGAAUGGAGCAAUUUCUUCAAAUACUUGAAAGACGUAACAAAUACUCGAAAGGACCUUUUCAGAAUUCCAUCAUUCUGAUGAUUAUUUAUGGAUUCGAGGAGUUUAUUAGAACCCAAUUUCUCAGGUAAGUGGUCUCUUCAAAGAUUUUAUUUUUCUUGGACAACAAAUUUUCCCUAAAUGACGUGGAAUAUUCUCAUGCUUGCGUGAUUUUUCAUGAUCUUCGUUUCCGUCGAACAAAAGGAGUCAAUUCAUAGCCAACUCCUAAAACCGUCAAAUUUUGUUCGUAAAUAACUAAUCACUUGUGAACAACUUCCCCUACAGAGAGAGUGGAAAGUAAAUUAUCCGGAAGAAUUAAGCAAGAAGGUAGCUCAUCCGGAGAUAAUAUAGCAAAAUGUUUAGCCAUAUCACUUCAUAUUUUGAUAUUAUUUUCCCGUUUUUUCUCGAUAACAUUUAAACAUAAAGGCAUCCAGAAUUGAAUUUUACAGCUGGCCCUUGUCUUAAUGAAUUUUCUUUUUAGGAACAAAAAGGCUGUCUGCUGUUGAAUUUCAACAUAAUUCUAAUAAGAAAAGAAUUGUAAAAAAUGUUACGAAUUCCACGAGGUGAAAUUCGGUCUACGCCAUAUGAGGACAAGGACAAGUAUUUGUUUUGUGCUCAUCUGAACUAAGUACAAAUUAAUUAAACAAGAUUUUGUGUGAUCAAUUUUGCUUCGUGUAUUUCAAUCUCAAUUUAAAAACCACAAACCUAGUGCAUUAAUAAUUGAUAAGUGGUAAAAUAAAAGAAAAACACAUACAUACUCGAAAAUUUACACGCGAAAAAAGCUUCUUUUUCAUACUUUUUAGCAGCGGUGAUGUAAGAGGGCUGUUUAAUGUCGUUACAUUUUAGAGUUUGGACAGUAUGCUAUACUGUAGCGCCAAUGUGUUGUUUAUUUAUCAAGUCUUUCUCAUAAAAAUCUGGGUGAAAGUUACGAUGACGCACGACUCUUACAAUGAUUUUUAGAUGUAAAAAAACAGUGGAUUCGAUUUCCUUAAUUUAAUUUUUCCUCAGAUAAAUCUCUUUCUCUCUCUCCGGAAUUGUUACCCUUGUUUGAGUGGUUUCGUUCGACUGAGAGAUACUGAGAGAGAUACUUAUUUAAGUUUUAGUAUGCCUGAAAUUUUCUCUUUCAGAUUAGCUAAGUUUUCAGUUACAAAACGUCAACUGAAUGCAUGUGUAAAUUUCGAGUUGACAACGUGAAUUUUAGGAAAACGUCGAAAAUACGGAAUUCACUUUGUGUCUGAAAUAGUGCAUCACAAGUUCCGCCAAAGGAACACAAGCAUUUCUUGAGAUGCAGAAAACCAUUGCUUACAACAACUUUGUUUGGAUCAUGUUUUCAAGAAACUUGUUGACAAUGUUGAUAUGUUUCUCGUGACAGAUGUCCUUGUACGAGUUACUUCAUGUACAGCCUCGUUAUGAUGGUGGGUCCCGCCCUGUUCCUCCUGGGCCUCGGUUUCAUGAUGAGCGGGGGCUUUUGGCAAUCUAUUUUGAAGACCAGCAGAAUGCCAGAUGUCAAGGAGAGGUGUAACAACCGAAUGAAGUCUCUAACUAAACUUUUCCAACCGUUUCUCGCUCCCAUGGCCUACAUAACCAUCGCUCUGUUGAAAGGGGACUUCUUCGUGUGUUUAACUGUUGGCUCGCCAAAUGAGUCGUGCCACAGCAAUCCUAGAGAGAGUGAUAUUUCAAAGGCAAGAAAGAGCUUUCAGUGAUUAUUAGAGUAGUUUUGCUCUUAUUCAGUUGAUCGCGUAGUGCAGUUGCUGGAAUGGAGGUAGACUGGUGUCAUCGACGGUGACUGAUCUUUUGACAACCUCGGCGACCUCAGUCAUCUCCGUUAAGUGAUCAGUCAAGUCACUCGAUUCUGAUAAUGGCUUACGCUCAGGUUUGUCAAAACGUCAGUCAGUCGCACUGAUAACAGUCCUUUUCAUUAUUAUUCUUUCCCAAAUAACGACACUGCGUGAAUGGAAGUGCAAAUCAUUUGAAGUAUUUCAUCUAUUUUUUAAACCAUGGCAUUUUCGGUGUUUCUAACAGAAAUUCACUUCAGUGGUAGACUUAUUAUCGACAGAAAAAUAGACAUUUUUGCACGUGAAGUCAAUCACCGAAAACUUGAUUUAGAAAGCAGUGACGAAACUCUGACUUUUUGCCCCAGCUCUUGCCCCCAAACUGCCUUUCUAUGUCCCUGCUCCAUUUUAAGGUAAUUCAAUUAUGUUACUAUGUUUGUUGCUCCCUUAGACAUUACACGAUCAGCGGUCUCUCCUUAAAGUUCACAUGCAGUCCCAGAUCCUUGGUUUUGGCAUCCUAAUCGCGGCCACUCUGUUUUCGCUCGGUCUCAUUUGCAUUCGGAGAUGUUGCUUCGAAGACGAUGUACUUCCGAACAAUGACGACUACGACGAGCUCGAGAAAGAGGUACUCGGACGUUUGUUCCGCGAGAGACUGUACAUAGCGGCAGAGGAAGAUAUGAAAAAGAGGAUUAAUGACGCCUUCCAAAUAAAGACACAUAGAGAUGUGCGAGACACGUUUCACAGGGCUAAGGAGGCGCUGACGGCUGCCAAUCGGUCUGAUAACCGAAACGGACGAUACAAUCGAUUAAAUAUUGAUGAUGAUGACGCUGAGCUUCAGCUCAUGGACUCCACUCACUUGUAA